CUAGUAUCGAAUCUGACCGUUAGGGGGCGACAACACUGCAUGCUGUCCUGUCAGUGUGCUAUCGAAUACAUUUUCCCAAAAUAACAAUGAAAGCAAUCAUCCAGAGAGUUACAAGGGCGUCCGUGACAGUGGGAGAUGAGCAGAUCAGUUCAAUAGGGCGAGGUGUGUGUGUACUACUAGGAAUAUCUGUGAACGAUACACACACCGACGCGGAGUACAUAGUACGAAAGAUACUCAAUCUGCGGCUUUUUGAGGACGAGAAUGGGCGGGCAUGGAGCAAAAGUGUCAUGGACCGGAAUUUUGAGGUGCUGUGUGUGAGUCAGUUCACCCUGCAGUGCAUUCUUAAAGGCAACAAGCCGGACUUCCAUUCAGCGAUGCCCGCAGAGUUGGCCCAACCUUUCUACGCCAGCAUCCUGGAGAAUAUGAGGAGUGGCUACAAGUCCGAGCUUGUUAAAGAUGGAAGGUUUGGGGCCUCCAUGCAAGUACACAUUCAAAAUGAUGGCCCUGUUACCAUUGAAGUUGUUUCACCGACUGCUUCUGCAGACCCCAGACAGCUGUCCAAGCAGGAUAAGCAGCAGCAGAGGAAAGAGAAGACACGCUCCAAGGGCCCCUCAGAGUCGGCUAGGGAGAGGGGUGCCCUGCGUUCCCGACAUGACACCAAUGCCAGUAGUGGUGCAGAGGGUGAUGUGUCUUCAGAGAGAGAGACCUAAUUAACCUGGUUGGGUGAGAUAUUAGCUCAUUUGGAAUUUGAUGCCUGCAACAUGUUUCAAAAGAGCUGACACAAGUGGCAAAACACACUGAGAAAGUUGAGGAAUGCUCAUCAAACACUUAUUUGGAACAUCCCACAGGCUAACAAGCUAAUUGGGAACAGGUGGGUGCCAUGAUUGGGUAUAAAAGCAGCUUCCAUGGAAUACUCAGUCAUUCACAAACAAGGAUGGGGCAAGGGUCACCACUAUGUGAACAAAUGCGUGAGCAGAUUGUCGAACAAAUUAAGAACAACAUUUCUCAGUGAGCUCUUGCAAGGAAUUUAGGGAUUUCACCAUCUACGGUCCGUAAUAUCAUCAAAAUGUUCAGAGAAUCUGGAGAAAUGACUGCAAGGCCUAAAACCCAACAUUGAAUGCUUGUGACCUUCGAUUCCUCAGGCGGUACUGUAUCAAAAAGUGACAUCAGUGUGUAAAGGAUGUCACCACAUGGGCUUAGGAACACUUCCGAAAACCACUGUCAGUAACUACAGUUCGUCGCUACAUCUGUAAGUGCAAGUUAAAACUCUACUAUGCAAAGCAAAAGCCAUUUAUCAGCAACACCCAGAAACGGCGCCGACUUCGCUGGGCCCGAGCUCAUCUAAGAUAGACUAAUGCAAAGUGGAAAAGUGUUCUGUGGUCUGACGAGUCCACAUUUCAAAUUGAUUUUGGAAACUGUGAACUGCCUGUAGUCCAGAACUGUCUCCCAUUGGAAAUAUGUGGCGCGUUAUAAAGCGUAAAAUACGACAACGGAGACCCCGGACUGUUGAACAACUUAAGCUGUACAUCAAGCAAGAAUGGGAAAGAAUUCCACCUGAAAUGCUUCAAAAAUUGGUCUCCU